AUGACGAGAACCGGCCCUACAAAUAAUCCUAUCGCGUGGGAAACCAAGACCAUUGUCCCAGACGAUGGGGGCAGAAUUGACUCGGUCGCAUGUCAAGAUACGAGACCAAAAGGGCGCAUUCGACGCUCAAUGACUGCGUGUAAUACUUGUCGCAAGCUCAAGACUCGCUGCGAUGUGGAUCCCCGGGGUCAUGCUUGUCGUCGCUGUUUGUCACUGAGGCUUGAAUGUGAGCUCCCCGAGACAACAGAACGAUUCCAGGACAAUGCAUCAACCUGGUCUGAUGCUACUGCCAUACCGUCGAUCGAGGAGCGGCUGGUCUCUCUCGAAAGAGGCAUGGGAGAGAUGAUCCAUCUCAUGCGGCAGAUGGUGAACCGCUCCCCCAGCAUGUCCUGCAGCCCAACCUCUCAGGCUAGAAGCAACAGUAUAGAUGGCACGUCUUUAAGCGAUAGCAUGUCCUCAUCUUUCUAUCCGCUCAAGCCGGCGCAACUAAUUCGAGAUCUGCAAGCCGAAUGCUUCGGCGAGAGAGAUCACUUCUCCGAUGCUGACAUCCUUGGAGACAUCGUCACCCAGGGCAUUGUAGAUUCCAAACUUUCCAUGAAAUUGAUUGAACUUUUCGUCGAAUAUUUUGGCCAUUGGGUCUCAAUAAAUCAUUCGUCCAGCAUUCAACGGUCGAAUACACUCCUUUUCAACACUGCAUGUCUUCUGGCUUCGCGGUAUCUACCCGGCCUACCACAACACACUGUCCGCGACAUUUCACUUCAUGUACAGCAUGCCGUGGCAAAGGUGCUGUGGAAGCCCCCGCCGAUGACAAGUGAUAUGCUACAGGCGUUGACCUUACUUUGUCUAUACUCUACUUCUAUCCACAAAGAAGGACUGAUGGAUGACUGGUUGCUGAGCGGGAUCUCGAUCAACCAUGCCCUCAUCACAUUUAACUUCCUCAAUACCUUGCCUGGAGACGGUUUAAAUCCGGACGAGCUAUUUGCUCAGUUGCGCCUGUGGAAUACACUCUGUGUAACCCAGCUACACUCCGCUCUCGCAAACGGCCGUACCGUCAAUAUUCAGCAGCAAUACAUCGAUCAAUGUCCCCGCAUCUUAGAACACGCCGGCGCUACAGCAGAGGACGGCAGAAUCGUGGCAGAAAUCCAACUAUACCGUAUCGCCCUCCGACUCCAACAUAGCCAGCACCGCCUCCAAUUCGCAGAACCCGAAUACGAAGAAUUGGAGCGCUGGAAAAUGGAAUGGGCACAUCUACUAAGUACAUCGACCCUCCCACUAUAUGCCCAACCCCAAUCUAACAACCACACCCUUAUAGCGACCAGCGAAGAAUCAACCCUCAACCUAAACCUCUGGUUCUGUCAACUCCUCCUCCACCGAACAGCCGCCCGCCUCCAACCAGAUAGCGAGCGUCUGGUCCCAGAAAUAUGCGGUACCGCCCGCCUAAUAAUAACCCAAUUCCUCCAAACUCGCUUUACAUCCGCACCCGCUCUAAUCGACCACGUCUACUUCAUCGUUGGCUACGCCGCACUCACACUAUGCGACUACACACUCUCUGACCCACUAAUCAGCCAAGUCCGCGGCUUCCUACUACACCUCGCCCCCGGGGGCGACAACCUCUCUUACCGGAUCGCAUGUAUUGUCGGCGAAGUACAGCGGCGGUACUCGGAAGCUACUGCUGUUGUAGCCAACGCCUCGCAUUCGUCAUCGCCGGUUGCAGAGGUUAAGGGCGUGCAGAUGUUCAGUCCAUCGCACCAUCGUCCCGGUAUGGACCUCUCCCAACUUAUGUCUGGAGCGGAGGGACUGGACUCCCUUGUUGAGGGGUAUAAUUGCCUUGAGCAAAUGAUGCCUGGGUAUACGGCGUCGCAGCCUGGGUUUGAGGCGCCGGAUUUGUUUCAACACUCUCCUGGGACGGGUGUUACGGGUGGAGCUAUGCCUGUUGGCCUGGUGCCGAGGGCUUUACAUGAUUGGUGA